AUGCAACCUUUACUUUUCGAGAUCGGUCAGGACAAAGAUGAGCGAUGGAGCUUUCACUAUUACCGAGAUCGCACGGCCUCUCAGAUCAACAGUGUUGCAGACCAGGCGUUCUGGAAUCGAUUAGUCAUUCAGGUUGGCUACUCACGAGACAUAGUCAGGCACGCGUUGGUCGCAAUAGGAUCUUAUCACGAAGGUGUCGACCAUCUAGAUGAAGGCCGACGGUCCGAUAAACAUAAAUUCGCAUUACAACAAUAUAACAAGUCGAUCAACGGUAUACUGAAAUCAUCGGCAGACUCCGAUAUCGAGGAGAUCCUUUUGUCUGUCAUCCUCUUCACAUUCUUCGAGAACGUACGCGGAGAGUGGGCUUCUGCCCUGGCUCAUCUCCAAGCUGGACUGAAGAUUUAUUCCAAUUGGAAAGCGGCUCAUCCAGCCCACCUUCCACCGACCGAGGUAUCGACCAGAGUCGAUACAAAUAUUGCGCCUGUACUCACACAAUUACAGCUUUUUGUGACAAGUCUUUUGCAAAUGAUUCCCGCGAAGAAAAGUCGUUACUCAACAUAUAUGCCCGACCGGUUUGAUGACCUCCGAACUGCUCGUUAUUAUUUCCACGAAGUACUUCAUGCAGUAUGUGCGAAGUUGCAAUCCAACCAUGACGAAUUUCAGUGGCCCAAAUCUGAUGAGGCCACCCUGGACCACGGAAGAAGACUGUUAUAUCGAUGGUACGACAUUUGGCAGGAAUUCCUCACAAGCGCACAGCGUACUUGUUCGUGUUUCACUCCCAGUUCAACCGCACAUUUCGAACUCGGGAUGUAUCACAUGCAGAUGCAAUAUUGGAUCGCGAUCAUCAGGCUGGAAUGCAAACCAUUCCGAGAAGAGACGUCAUUCGAUGCCCACAAUGACAAAUUCCAAAUCAUCCUCGAUAUUGGGAGUAAAUUUUGCGACCUAUACAUGGACAGGACUUUGACGGACACGGCCAAGGGAUGUGUUGGCUUCGAGCCACACUACAUUCCGGUCAUCGGUAUGACAACUCUACGAUGUCGUGAUCCGGUUAUCCGGAGAGAAGCUAUUGCUCUGAUCAGGAGAUGGCAAAGACCGGAAGCGAAAUGUGAGACUCAUGCAAUUGCCGAUGUCUCUGAAGAAAUCAUGCUUCUUGAAGAGGCAAGUGCCGGGGUUUCAAACCCAAGCGCCCAUGAAAUUCCCAAUGACGCACGCUUUCAUCUCCUUGGUUGCAAUCCAUUUCGAUGGAAUGAAGCAACACAGAAAUUCGAAUUAGUAUACGCCAUAGAGGAAUGCGAUCUAAUCAAGUUCCGUCUCAUCCGGUCUGGAAUCGAUCCAGCAGAGCAAGAAAUCGAAAUUCAUUGGCUCGACCGCCGCAAGCAACCAGACUCCAAACCACUACACGAGCUGCCACUCCCUCACGACGUGACCGGAUUUUUCCCACAGACGAUCGAUGGACCAGCGAUGAAUUCCAAGCUGUGGUCGACUUUAGGGGGCAAGAAAGUGGCAAUGUUCCUUGAGCGCGCCAGCAUUUCCCACAUCUGUCAGUGCCAGAAUUGCGCCUCGCAGAACGAGCUGUUGACCACCCCUGAACCUCGAGUUGUGCCCGUUGCUGCGACUGUUGACGGCGUGGAUCAACCCACCACACUCGGGGAACCUUCAUACAUAACGCCAAAUGCGCAGUAUAUUCCGCUUGCAUCGCCCAAGGCCGAGUCUGCUCGCUUUGCGUACGUGACUUGA